GGUGUCGCCACCUCGACGUGCACGAAACACAUGCAAACGGUGCUCGACGAGCUCAACGUCCCGUACAAGUUCGUGCACAUCGACACGUCGAAGCGCGAGCACAAGUCCCUCGCGUUCUCCGCGGUGCAGCCGUUCGGGCACGUCCCGUACAUCUACGAUGAUGGAUUCAAGUUGUACGAGAGUCGGGCGAUCGCGUGCUACCUCGCGCUCAAGUAUGGAUGCGUCGGGACGCUCAUCCCGGACCCGGCAGACUUGCAGAAGACGGUACUGUUCGAACAGGCGGCCAGCAUAGAAACAAAAAACUUCGACAUGUAUGCUUCGGGGCUUGCGGUCGAGAGCAUCUUCAAAAAGAUGUUCGGUGUUGAGCCCGACCUUGCACUGGUGCAGCGCCUGAAGACCGCGCUCGAGGGCAAGCUGGACGCGUAUGAUGUUACACUAGGCAAGACGAAGUAUCUGGCGGGCGAUGAUGUCACCCUCGCCGACCUUCUCCACUUUCCCUACGGCGCACUGCUCGAGACGUAG